UAUUGUAAAGGGUUCAAGUUUUUAAGACACUAAGAGGGUAGAAUAGUAAUUGCACUUGAACUCCAUACUCUCGCACACACAAUUCUUUCCUUCUCUGCCCUCAGCAAACCUAAUCGACACCCUGUAAAAUGAAACCCCCGUGUCGGUUGUUGAACAUCAAUCGUCGUCCUUCAAUGCUCUAUUCACUACCUUUCUCUUCUGGUAAGCAACUGAUCUUCUAUGCCAUCGCGAUUUCUCCAUCACUACGAACUCUUCAUCAUGAAGGAAUGGUUUCUUCUCUGUUUUAGGGUUUUAAUGCUCGGUCGUGCUAUAUUGGAUCUCUUCAUCAAGGUUCAAUCCUUUGAUUAUAGACAUACAUCUUGCAAUUAUGUCAGCUACGACACUUGAUUUUGAAGUAUCUGCCGAUCUGGACGGGUAGAAAGCUUAAGUUCUGUGAAUAGGUUUGUAAAACCAAAAACAUUAUCUUCCUUGAGAUCCCGGUAGUAACGAAGUUUUGAAGAAAUCACUCGGUUUAUGGACCAGCCGUAAAUGCGCAGAGGCUGUUCUUCGAGGUGCUCAGUUUAUAAACUAAUAGACGAGUAUAAAGAUGUAAAUUAUCGACUCCUUCGUGAUCUCCAUCUUUUAGAAAUUACUGGUGAAGAUGAGGAGAAUAAAGAUGGUAAUGUUAAUCAGUGGGUAGCUCUGGCUGUAGUUCAAACGUAUAAUCCCAACGCAAAGUGCCUUGUAGCAGUAUCUAUAUUCCUGAACGCUUGUCGAAAGCUUCGUUUUUUGAUGCUCAAAAGUCGGAGUUGGGAAGAGCAGAGGAAGAGGCAGACCCAAACUGACAUGGGAAGAGCAGAUUAGGCAUGAUUUACUAGAGUUGCAUCUUUCUGAGGACAUGGUCCAAGAUAGGACUUUGUGGAGGCGUAGAAUUAGGGUUAAGGACUUCUAGAGGAUAUUGCAGUAAGGUCUUAGGUGUUUUUUAGGGAUGUAGGUUUUUCUUUUUCUUUAAGUGACUUUACCGGUGAUUGACUUCUUAUGUAUAUGCCCGAAUGAUAUUGUAUGCUAUUAUACAUU